GCCUGCUCUGUCGGUCUCUGUUCCUGUUUCUCUUCUAUUUGCAAUGGCCGAGUAUUUGUCCUCAGGGGAAAUGGAAUUGUUUUAUUCUACAUUAGUUGCCGGUGUGUCUUGCAAUGAAGCCAAGCCAGACGUGUAUGUUAGUCAGCAAACAGGAUUGAAAAGAAUAAUGGGUAUAUGACGUAGUUCAACAUCCCCCGUUGAACUUCUGUGAUGCUGCUCAGCUGGCAACUCACAUGCUUGCUUCUAACACUGGCGAUGGUCUGAUGAGUGCCCUGUCUGUCGGCUCCGAAAUGCAGACUCCCGCUGCCGGCCCGCAGUUCAUAGUGGGGCCCCAGGGUAAGGUACCUGGCAGAAAGAGAGGACGCCCUCCCAUCCGCAAGCUGGAGUUCCAGAGUCACUACGCGGAGCCUCUGUUGCCCCUCAAGGUCCCAAAGAAGAGAGGCAGGAAACCUGGCUUUAAGCUGAAGCCCAGGAUGGUGAUGUCCCCGCUGGCCAACUCAUCUCCCAACAGCACACCAGAACCUGAGAUGGGCUCCAUCCCACAGGACGCCGCUAUCGUCCCCCACUCUGCCACACCACAGGUCCUAACAGAGACGCCGAUGGCUGAUGACUUCCUGUGUGACCCACCGGUGGACUCCAAGCGCUACGCUGUAGAUCCCAGUGACUCCGCUUUUAACGUCAUGACGUCACAGUAUCCAACAAAGAACCCUUAUGGUUACCGUGGCAGCAGUUGCUCUACUCCGAUGGGUGUGUGCAGACAAGCGUCGAGUCCAGGAAGCUUCCAGGACGCAAACAGAAAUGGUUACAGCCCAAUGCCGGACUCUGGAGAGUGCAAGCGUCCUGCUGGUAAGGACCCAUCCAGCUGGGGUGUGGAGGAGGUGGUUUGGUUUAUCAAAGAUGCUGACCCCCAAGCCCUGGGACCUCACGCUGAUGCCUUCAGGAAGCAUGAGAUAGAUGGAGACGCCCUGCUCCUCCUGAAGAGUGAGAUGAUGAUGAAGUACCUUGGACUGAAGCUGGGCCCUGCGCUCAAACUCUGUUACCACAUUGACAGGCUUAAACAGAAUCGGAUGUGAUUUUCUGCAAGGGAGCCAAAACCCCCCGAGCAGCGUUCACCGAAACUGAACUAGUACCGAUUCUCUCAAACUUUCUCAAACAUCAGCAAUCGCUCACGAGCGCCUUUGGACUCCGAUGGCGGCUUUUUAACUGCAUCUGCACCACAUUUUGUUGACAAAUUGGACACGCUCAUAUUGUACAUAUUAGGACUAUUUGCAGCGGAAGCUGUCAAUUCAUGUUGAUCUUUGUUUACUGAAUAUAUGAAUGGCUUUACAUUGUAAAUAGUUCGGCUCCACACGGACGGCAGCUACUGUAUACUGAAAUGUGACCCUGUGCAUAUCUUAACCAUGGACACUGUAUCAACACCUCUGACGACCCACAGAGACAGGGAUCUUUCCUCACUUGUGUGGUCCUUUACCUCAGUAGCAUACGUAAACUUAAAGGCCUCUCGCUGCUGAUAACCUGUUUUGUUCUAAGUUAGUGCGAGCUACUGUUUUCAGAAAUCAAAAAACGAACCUGCACAUUUACUGUGUCGUUAUGGGCCACAGCUAUCAAACCUAAUAGAUGUGUAAUCAGGUGAAGCAGAGGUCUUUUUUUCGGUGAAGCUCUCAAAUCACGUCUUUUAAGAGUUCACAGUGAAUGGCGACUGCCGGAACAACCUCAGAUUUGGCCCCUGUCUUGGGCUUCAGUCGGUUAAGCCAGAGAUCCUUAGAUCAAUUCUCUAUUUUAUCUUGAUAUUAAGAGACAAAAGAAGAAAAAGCGCGCAUGCAUCACCUCCCCAAGGAAAUAUGAAACAAAGUUGUUGGGACAGACCACAGCUCAGUGCUGAGUGAAUAAACAGUCAAGCCAUGAGGUCAGACGUGCUGCUGAGGAUCACACUCUGUUUAUUAACAUGACAGCAAGGAAAGGAAACACAGACACUUGGGGGAAUUUUUACACCACGUUCUCGUGAAUUGCAUAUCAUGUUACAUGUGCAGGUUUUCAAAUCACAAUAUUGAGUUGCAACCUUGCCAACUCGUCAGAAGGCUGCGAAGUGGUGUGAGCGAUAGCAACUUGUAGCAAACCCAUACAACUUGGUGCUCGACGGAACAUUACUGCCACUACAGCCACGACACUGAAUCACUAACUCUGUGACUCCAGACACAGCUACAGUUUAUACUCCUCUCAUGCAAUAUUACCACUCCAGUCGUUCAGACUAUCAAUUUCUCUAAGUUGUGCAUUUGUUCUGUCAGAUGAAGCAGUAUUUUAUCUCCAAACUAUAAAAAGUGACAAACAAGUAAAGCAGUCAAGCAUUAAUAAUUAACAGCAUUAAUCAUAAUAAGAAUAAUAUUUGAAACCAACAAACACAGCGUUUUUAUCAUUAAGAAUUGUACGAACAACAACUUGGAAACACGUGAAUGAUCCAUCCCUUGGAGUAUAUGACUGAUUUGUACAAUCUGUGGUUAAACAAUGCUUUUUAAAAAAAUACUUUCUGUACAGUACUCAUUAUUUGUUUUCUAUGUUUCGCUUACAUUUGUUGAAGUCUGUGUUCCAUGAACAGACACUGUACAGCAUGUACGUCUAUGUAUGAAUUGUUUCUGUAUUUCAUGAGUGAGCUAUGGGUGAUAUAUUUAACUUUUUAUGUUCGGAAAAAAUGUCACCUGAUAAUCAGAAUUUGGUGAUUUGCAAGAAGGGGGUAUUGCACAAGACUUUUUUCACAAACAACCGAUAUAUUUUAAUAUGUUUUCCUCAAGUUUUUUUUUUUUAUCACGCCUGUGACUCAUAUUAAAUACAUUUUGAAUCUGA